UAAUUCAACAAGCAUGCGUUAUACCGACGAGUGAACAUUUGGUAUGAUUAGUUAUUGUGAAUUUCAACUACAGUAGCACAUAUUGUGCCCUAAAAGAAUUUUUUGGAAGAAUAUUCAUAUUUUAAAACGUAAAUAGCAAUGGAGUGCACAAACGAUGAUCAAACAAAAAAUGGUGAAGUGGAACACAUUACGGAAGAAGAUGUAAAACUUAUAUUGGCAAACAGUAGUUAUUCAAACAAUGAAGGGGUGUUACGGACCUAUCAAGUUCGCUAUGCUAGUGAUAAAAUGUUGGGUUUCCUAGCAGAUUACUAUAAGCUCAAAGUAGUUGUUACAGAAAAAAACGAUGAUAAGAAAGUUCUGUCUUUCUUCAUUAAAGCCGUGUCCAGAACCAAUGCAUCGAAAGCACAAAUGGUAAAGGAGUUAAAUCUUUUCGAAAAGGAAUUGCAUUUUUACUCAAUUAUUAAGAAAGAACUGGAUAUCCCAGGUUUAAAGCCUUGGAGUGCCAAAUUUAUAUCAGCUUUGAACGAUGCGAUCGUCUUUCAAGAUUUAAAUGCACUGGAAUAUAAGCUACGUGAUAAAUUUGAAAGGUUUGAUAUGGCACAUACAAUACAAGCUUUGCGAACCUUGGCAAGGUUUCACGCAUCGUCCAUAAUUUUCGAAGAGAACCGUAAAAUCAUGUUGGGUAAACCCUCCUACAUUAUAACUGACGAAUAUCAGCAUCUUUCAAAUCCAGCUGGAUACAAAAAUACUGAUCCAUGGUUUAUUCAAUGCAAGAAAGGAGCUCUCGAAGCCAUCAAAACUUUUUCAAAUUAUAGCAAUAAUUCCCUUGUAUUGAGUGCAAUCGAAAGCAGAUGGGAUGAGAUUUGGUCAUCUGCGCUGCAACUAUGCGACCUACCUUCUAAUGAUCGCAACGUAAUCUGUCAUCGAGAUUUGUGGAACAAUAAUAUACUGUUCCGUUACAAUAAAGACGGUAAUACGCAAGAACCUGAUGAUUGUGUGUUCGUUGACUUUCAAGCAGCGAGAUACCAGCCGCUUGCUGGAGAUAUAAUGUUUCUUCUAUACUGUAACUUGGAACCGAAAUUUCGUGAGGAAAAUCUAACAGACUUCUUAAAUUCCUAUUAUCAAGAACUGGGCAUGAUUCUUUGUGACUUUGGAAUUUCCAUUGACAAUUUACUACAUAAAGAAGAUUUUCUGGCGUCAAUAGAAAAACAUCGUCUCUGGGGUCUUAUUGCAUGUGCAUGCUUGAUACCUGCUUUCUGGUUAAAUGACGACCUUACCACUUCGAUUUUUAGUGAUUCAUCAAAUUUUGACGAAAUAUUAACGAAAGACAAGGCUACGUUUAUGAUAAAUAUGAUGCAAGCACAUGAAGAUUACAAAAACAAUCUCAUGGCCGUAUUUGAAGAAAUUGUAGAAAGGUAUUGCUUGUGAUAUUGUGUAAGUAUUUAUAAUAAAACCAUAUUAUAAUAAAACAA